AUGGCUGCAGACAGGAAAAUGAAAGUGGCUAAAGCUGCUUUCGAUGUCAGUGUUGAUGGUGGAAUAACCUUCUUUGAUACUGCUGAGGUGUACGGCUCCAGGGCUUCUUUUGGUGCUGUAAAUUCUGAAACUCUACUAGGAAGAUUUAUCAAGGAAAGGAAACAGAAGGAUCCAGGCGUAGAGGUUGUUGUCACAACCACAUUCGCAGCUUUGCCUUGGAGGCUGGGCAGUCAAAGUGUCAUAGCUGCCCUCAAGGACUCCCUCAAUCGCCUGGAUCUUUCUUCUGUGGAACUGUAUCAACUCCAUUGGCCUGGAAUAUGGGGAAAUGAAGGGUAUCUUGAUGGUCUUGGAGAUGCUGUUGAGCAGGGCCUUGUGAAGGCUGUUGGUGUUUCCAACUACAGCGAAAAGCGAUUGCGUGAGGCACACGCAAAACUUCAAAAGAGAGGUAUCCCACUAGCAUCAAAUCAAGUGAAUUACAGCCUCAUAUACAGGGCACCAAAGGAGAAUGGAGUGAAGUCUACCUGUGAUGAACUAGGGAUCACUUUGAUUGCCUAUUCGCCUAUUGCUCAAGGUGCUCUUACAGGAAAGUACACACCUGAAAAUCCCCCAACUGGCCCUCGAAGACAGAUUUAUACUGAAUUUCUUUCAAAGCUCCAAUCUCUGCUGAACUGGAUCAAGGAAAUAGGAGAAACGUACAUUAAAACAAACACACAGGUAGUCCUAAACUGGUUGAUAGCCCAGGACAACGUUGUGCCAAUCCCGGGAUCCAAAAACGAAGAACAGGCUGCAAAAUUUGCAGGUGCACUUGGAUGGCGGCUCAACAGUGAAGAAGUAGCCGAAUUGCGCGUUUUGGCUACAGAGAUAAAACCUGUUACUGGUUUCCCUGUUGAAAAAUUUUAA